GCCGCCGCGUCCCUGCCGGAGCGGAGGCGACCCCGGCCCCGCGCCCCAACUCCGCGCCCCUUUGUACAGAGGCGAGCCCGGGGUUCCCUCCAACUUGGGGAGCGGAGUGGGGGCGGAGGCGAGAGUCGCGGGCGGCCAGGCCCGCUGGCGGCGCGCUCGGCCUGCGCGCCCCGCUCGGCACACGGCUCCGGCUCUGGGGCGCGCGGGAGAGCAGGCUGCUUCGGCCGCCGCGCCGGGCUCAUUGUUCGGCAGGUCCGGGGCUGGCCGGCCGCAGGCAGGGCAGCAAAAGUGGGAGGAGGCCGAGCCGGGGGAGGAGGACGCCGGGCAAGAGCGAGACUAGUUGUCGAGGACCCGCUAGAAGUGGCUGAAGAUGAAUCCCCAGCAGCAGCGCAUGGCCGCUAUAGGGACCGACAAGGAGCUGAGCGACCUGCUGGACUUCAGUGCGAUGUUUUCUCCACCUGUUAAUAGUGGGAAGACCAGACCAACGACACUGGGAAGCAGUCAGUUCAGUGGAUCAGGUAUGGAUGAACGAGGAGGUACAACAUCUUGGGGAGCAAGUGGUCAACCAAGCCCCUCUUAUGACUCAUCUAGAGGUUUUACAGACAGCCCUCAUUACAGUGAUCACUUGAAUGACAGUCGAUUAGGGGCCCAUGAAGGCUUGUCCCCAACACCUUUCAUGAACUCAAAUCUGAUGGGAAAAACGUCAGAGAGAGGCUCAUUUUCCCUGUACAGCAGAGACACCGGAUUACCAGGCUGUCAGUCUAGUCUCCUGAGACAAGAUCUGGGCCUUGGAAGCCCAGCACAGCUCUCUUCUUCAGGAAAACCUGGAACACCAUACUACUCAUUCUCUUCCUCAAGUUCCAGGAGAAGACCACUCCAUGAUUCUACAGCACUUGAUCCUUUGCAAGCAAAGAAAGUCAGAAAGGUGCCUCCUGGUUUGCCUUCUUCAGUAUAUGCACCAUCCCCAAAUUCAGAUGAUUUCAACCGUGAAUCUCCUAGUUAUCCAUCUCCCAAGCCACCAACCAGUAUGUUUGCUAGCACUUUCUUUAUGCAAGAUGGGACCCACAAUUCUUCUGACCUUUGGAGUUCAUCAAAUGGGAUGAGCCAACCUGGUUUUGGUGGAAUUCUGGGGACCUCCACUUCCCACAUGUCUCAAUCCAGUAGUUACGGCAGCCUUCAUUCACAUGACCGCUUGAGCUAUCCUCCGCACUCAGUUUCACCAACAGACAUAAACACAAGUCUCCCACCGAUGUCUAGCUUCCAUCGUGGCAGUACUAGCAGUUCGCCUUAUGUUGCUGCCUCACACACUCCUCCCAUCAAUGGAUCAGAUAGCAUUCUAGGAACCAGAGGGACGGCUGCUGGAAGCUCACAGACAGGUGAUGCACUUGGAAAGGCUUUGGCAUCUAUUUAUUCUCCUGACCAUACCAGCAGUAGUUUUCCAUCAAAUCCAUCAACACCAGUUGGAUCACCGUCACCUCUCACAGGUACCAGUCAGUGGCCCAGACCUGGAGGUCAAGCUCCUUCAUCCCCAAGCUAUGAAAACUCACUCCACUCCCUGAAAAAUCGAGUUGAGCAGCAACUUCACGAGCAUUUGCAAGAUGCAAUGUCCUUCUUAAAGGAUGUCUGUGAGCAGUCUCGAAUGGAGGAUCGUUUAGACAGACUGGAUGAUGCUAUCCAUGUGCUGCGGAACCAUGCUGUGGGACCGUCCACCAGUUUACCUGCUGGUCACAGUGAUAUACACAGUUUAUUGGGACCAUCCCAUAAUGCACCAAUUGGAAGCCUCAAUUCAAACUAUGGUGGAUCAAGCCUUGUUACAAGCAGUCGAUCUGCUUCAAUGGUUGGAACUCAUCGAGAAGACUCUGUCAAUCUCAAUGGCAAUCAUUCAGUCCUGUCUAGUACGGUCACUGCUUCAAGCACAGACUUGAACCACAAAACACAAGAAAAUUAUAGAGGUGGCUUGCAAAGUCAGUCUGGAACUGUUGUUCCAGCAGAAAUCAAGACUGAAAGCAAAGAAAAAGAUGAAAACCUUCAUGAACCUCCUUCAUCAGAUGACAUGAAAUCAGAUGAUGAAUCCUCCCAAAAAGAUAUCAAGGUUUCAUCUAGAGGCAGAACAAGCAGUACUAAUGAAGAUGAGGAUUUGAACCCAGAACAGAAGAUAGAAAGGGAGAAAGAAAGGCGGAUGGCUAACAAUGCCAGAGAACGUUUACGUGUGCGGGAUAUUAAUGAGGCAUUCAAAGAGCUUGGUCGAAUGUGUCAGCUCCAUUUAAAGAGUGAAAAACCCCAAACAAAACUCCUUAUUCUUCAUCAGGCCGUGGCAGUCAUCCUUAGUCUAGAACAGCAAGUCAGAGAGAGGAACCUUAACCCCAAAGCAGCCUGCCUUAAGAGAAGGGAAGAAGAAAAAGUUUCUGCCGUAUCGGCAGAGCCGCCAACCACACUGCCAGGAACCCAUCCUGGGCUUAGUGAAACUACCAACCCUAUGGGUCAUAUGUAAACAUCAGCC